CUUCGGGAGCGGAGCCGGCGAGCGAGCGGCGGCGGGGCCCAUGGCAGUGGAGUGGGGGCUGGAGAGGGCACCGGACGGGAUCCAGAAUGCUCCAAGGCUACAGCAGUGUGUCCCAGGCCUUGCUGGGGACCUUCUUCACCUGGGGGAUGACGGCGGCUGGGGCAGCUCUCGUGUUCAUAUUCUCUAGUGGGCAGAGGCGGAUCUUAGAUGGCAGUCUCGGCUUUGCUGCAGGGGUCAUGUUAGCGGCCUCCUAUUGGUCCCUGCUGGCCCCAGCGGUUGAGAUGGCCACAUCCUCUGGGGGCUUUGGUGCCUUUGCCUUCUUCCCGGUGGCUGUGGGCUUCACCCUUGGAGCUGCAUUUGUCUACUUGGCUGACCUCCUGAUGCCUCAGCUGGGUGCAGCAGAAGACCCCCAGACGGCCCUGGCGCUGACCUUGGACCCUGUGUUGAUGAAGAAGUCUGAUGCCGAGGGUCCCAGGCUGCUCUUCCCCGCGAGUGAACUCUCCAUCCGGAUAGGUAGAGCUGGGCUCCUUUCAGACAAGAGCGAGAACGGCGAGGCCUACCAGAGGAAGAAGGCGGCGGCUGACCUGCCCGGGCCGGCGGGCCCUGCUGUCCCCGCGCCUCCCCGAGGGAGCCCGGCCCCGCCCAGUGGCAGCAGCUGGCGGAGGAUCACGCUGCUCAUCCUGGCCAUCACCGUCCACAACGUCCCAGAGGGCCUCGCCGUCGGAGUCGGCUUCGGAGCUGUAGAGAAGACAGCGUCCGCCACCUUCGAGAGUGCCAGGAACUUGGCCAUCGGAAUCGGGAUCCAGAACUUCCCCGAGGGCCUCGCGGUCAGCCUUCCCUUGCGAGGGGCUGGCUUCUCCACCUGGAGAGCCUUCUGGUAUGGGCAGCUGAGUGGCAUGGUGGAGCCCCUGGCCGGGCUCUUCGGGGCCUUCGCCGUGGUUCUGGCUGAGCCCAUCCUGCCCUACGCCCUGGCCUUCGCCGCUGGCGCCAUGGUCUACGUGGUCAUGGAUGACAUCAUCCCCGAAGCCCAGAUCAGUGGGAAUGGGAAACUGGCGUCCUGGGCCUCCAUCCUGGGGUUUGUGGUGAUGAUGUCACUGGACGUGGGCCUGGGCUAGCGCUGAAGAGCCUCGGACCCCAGGACCGGCCGCACGGGGACACGGCCACGCUUGGCUUCCACGGGACCACGGACUCUCUUCACGUUGAAACAUUUGCUUUCUCUCAUCUCACUUUUCCUGAUUGACGCUGAUCAUACGACGAUUUACACUUUUCUUUUGAGGGGGAUACUGGUUUUAGUUUUGGAAUUUCAAGGUGUUGGAUUUUUGUUUGGCCGCGAGUGGAAUCUCUCUUCAGUGGGAUUAGAGUCCAGGGAGAUCUCUGCUCUCAGACCUCCAGUCUCUCUUGCUAGACUCAGUGACAGCCCCCCCACGGUCACCUGCAGAAGCAAGCUACCCGAGAAGUCUCCUGAACGCGUGUGCCUAGCGACUCAGAACAGAACGACCGGGACACCUCUCGUCUGUCCCUCCUGAUCUGCGACUGGACGUUGCGGACACAGCCGCCCACUACUCUGCAAGGCCAGCCAGCCCAGAAAGACUUACCUUCCUCGGCCUCCCCGGCGGAGAUGCUGAAUGGGAUGGGGGCAUAGCAGGGGAGAAGAUCAGCUAGUCUCUCUCUCUCCCCCCCUUUUAUCCCCCCCAAAGAUUGACAUUUUGAAAUUAAGGGAAUUAGGGAAUUUUGACAACUGUGAACACACAGUGAGCCUGUGAAAAAAAGAGACUGUAGCUUUGGUCAGAGACCCCUGUUCUCUGUUGAUUCCAAGAGCACGGCGUUUGCCAUGGUUUCCAAAUCCCCGUGACAUUUAUUUUGAUAAGUAUAUAGCCUUCAUUUUUCUAAGAGAUUUGGGGACACCAGCCAACUGCUAGGACCCAUGUCCUUCAUUUAUCUGUGGACAGACCCACUUAAGCUAACUUUAGUGAAAGGAAGACGUUUGGCCUCUGCGAUGGGUCCUUCUCUGCUGGCCAUUCGGUCACCUGUAACCUGACCCAGGUCUCUUAAGCCACGGCAAGCUCGGCUGGAGUUUGGCCAGAGCGCUUAGGAUGAGAGAGGAGGAACAGGUGGGUAAAGGAGAGAUUUUUACAUUUCCCUUUUCAAAGUAAAUUUUCAGACAGCCAUCACUCUGACGUGGCCCUAAACAGUGACGUGAACUAGACUAGAGGCCAUUCGAUCCCUCCACACACGUAGCUUCUCCAACAGGGGCAAGAGAACUUAGCUGCUUCAGACGCAGCUGAGGCCUACCGUCCUCACUGGUCAGAGGAGCCCACGCACGGGACCUCGGGUGGGCUCCACGGACACGCCUGCCCUCUGCGUUUACACGUUCGACUGCUUCCCAGGGCGAGUGCCCUGCUCUGUGAACGCCCGGAGACCCCCGAGGCCAAGCUGAUGCUGGGCCAAUAGAUGUACGUUUUUCCAAAGCACUGAAGAUCAAAACUGGACACAUCCAGAGGCUUGAUUGGUGGAGAGGGUUUGUUUCGGUGAUUGGUGUGUGUGUAUUUUUGUGUCUUCUUAUGUAGUUCUACAUGAUGUAAACUUCUUUCUGAUGGACAAGACCUCAUAACUGUGAUUAAUAUUAAUAAAGGGCAUACUGUUGUGGACGA